AUGCCUGCCGCCAUCUUGUGCGCCGGGAGUUUCAAAAUGGGGCUGCGGCUCCUGAGUGCUGCCCUGCUGUUUGUGGGCAGCGCUCUCCCGUACGCAGCGCACUACUCACUCUCUGAAAGGACUGGACGCGGCCCCUGGCAGGAGCAGGUGGCUGCCCCGGGGUGGCCUGAGGCCCCGCGAGCAAGGCGGAGGGCACCCCAGGCCCGGGAGGAGGGAGCAGCAGACGAAGAGGGCAUAUUUUUAGAUUGUGGAACAGCACCACUUGCAGAUGCAUUGAAAGGGUCUCGGAUUAUAGGGGGCACAGAAGCUCAAAUUGGUGCAUGGCCAUGGCUAGUUAGCCUGCAGAUCCAAUCAGGCAUUCUUGCUCACAUAUGUGGGGGAAGCUUAGUGAAAAGUAAGUGGGUCCUCACGGCUGCCCACUGCACUAAGGACACUAGAGAUCCUUUAAUGUGGAGAGUUGUGAUUGGAACUAAUAACAUACAUGGAGGUCCUCCAUACUCCAAGAAGAUAAAAGUUAAAGCAAUCAUUAUCCAUCCAGAUUUCAAUUUGGAAACUUACGUAAAUGAUAUUGCGCUUUUUCAUUUAAAAAAAGCAGUGAGGUAUAAUGACUAUAUUCAGCCUAUUUGUCUACCUUUUGAUGUUUUCCAAAUGCUGGACCAAAACACGAAGUGUUUUAUAAGUGGCUGGGGAAGAACAAAAGAAGAAGGUAAUGUUACAGAUGUGUUACAGGAAGCGGAAGUACAUUAUAUCUCUCGAAAGAUCUGUGAUUCUGAGCAGAGUUAUGGGCAAAUAAUCCCUAACACCUCAUUUUGUGCAGGUGAUGAAGAUGGAAUUUUUGACACUUGCAGGGGUGAUAGUGGUGGACCAUUAAUGUGCUACUUACCAGAACACAGACGAUUUUUUGUAAUGGGAAUCACCAGUUACGGAUAUGGCUGUGGUCAGAAAAAUUUCCCUGGUGUCUAUUGUGGGCCCUCCUUCUACCAACAGUGGCUGACGGAUCACCUCUACCGGGCAAGCAGUAAAGGCAUAUUUAACAUAAAUGUUCUACUUGGACAGGUCCUCAUAGCCUCGGCUUCUGUUGUCUUACUGGGAAUCCCAUAAUGAAAUUCUGAAGAAUCUUUAUCUUGCAUCGUGUCCCUUUCCAUGUUCCACCUAAUGAAACCCAUUUAUUCUUUUGGCAAGUAAUUGCACGCUUUGCACUUCUCAUGUGAACGUUUUUUGGAACAAAAGGAUUGUGACAUAUUAGAUAUGUUUUCAUAAAUUUGGCACUGACACGCCUCUUUGAUGUAUUUUGAUUUUUUUAACUUUAUAAUCAUAAUUUUGUAUUUGGAAUACUUCCCUAGAGUGUGUAUAGAAUAUUCAGUUAAAUAUAUGCUUUCUGUAUACAAAUGCCAA